AAGAUACAAGAGAAUCUGAAAUAAUCUGCAAAUUGAAUUCGACAAAAUGCUUAUCCUAAUUUCUUCGUAAAAGUUGUGGCCACCAUACCCUGUCCAAGAGCUAAACAUCUAUCAACGUUGAUGAAUUUAAACCAACCAGGAAUUCCAAAAGAAACAAAUCCGAUGAAAUGUAAAUGUAUUCAUAGCAAAGGCCUUUGUAUUUCGUGGGUCCAACUCAAAGAUUCUUCACCAAGAUGGCAAUCGAAAGCCAUGAGGUGAACAGCUGGGACAGGAAGACGUUAAUGUGCAUAUAUGAAUAGCAAAGAAGCCAUUUUCAGCACGAAUCGUCAAGAGUUUAUUUGAGAGUUCAGUGCCGAUGGAUGAAGCCUCCUCCAGUAUCUUGUGAAUGUAAAGGAUGUGUUCCAUACAUGAGAUAUGGUCACAGUGCAUCAGCCAUGGGUGAUCUGGUUUACAUAUUUGGCGGGAGAAAUGACACACAUGGGGCCUGUAACAUACUGUACUGCUUUGACACAAGGAGUUUAACAUGGUCCAAACCUAAAGUAAAUGGAAAACCCCCAGCUGCCCGUGAUGGCCACUCAGCUUGUGUUAUUGAAUCUAGGAUUUAUAUCUUUGGUGGAUAUGAAGAGGAGGGAGAGUGCUUUUCAAAUUCAAUUGAAUAUCUGGAUACACAAACAUUAACAUGGCACCAACCAAGAGUAACGGGUGAACCAGCCAAGUGGAGAGACUUCCACUCAGCAACAGCUGUUGGUACAAACAUGUACAUCUUUGGAGGCAGAGGAGAUAGACUUGGGCAAUACCAUUCUGGACAGGAAGUUUACUCCAGCUCAGUUAGAGUAUUUGAUACAGUUAAAAACUGUUGGUUCAAAUUAAAUACAUCUGGAAAUGUACCCAUUGGACGACGGAGUCACUCUGCAGUUGCCUACGGCAAACAUGUCUAUGUUUUUGGUGGUUACAAUGGGAUUGAAAAGAAACAUUAUGGAGAAGUGUUUAGUUUAGACACAGAUACCAAUGUUUGGACAAAACUGGACAUUUCAGGACAUGGGCCAUGUCCAAGAAGGAGACACUGCUGUUGUCUGAUAGGAACCAGGUUGAUGAUCUUUGGUGGAACAAGCCCUGCUGCAGGAGAACCUGCUGAUGAUGAAUACCACCUCCAGGAUCAUUCUGAUCUGUACAUCUUAGAUCUUGAGCCGUCACUUCGAACAUUAUGCAAACUGGCUGUUAUUCAGUACAAACUGGACCAAACACCUCUCCCUAAAGUACUCAAAACGGAGCUAAGUAUCAUGGAAGCCGGCAGAAGUUCUGUGCGAUCCUCACAAGGAUAGCAAAGUUCAAGACGUGCUUGCUGAUCAUGGCUUCCAUUGCACGUUCACGUGGGCUACGCGUGCAUAAUGGUCCACGUGUGUCACAUGGAGGAAUUCUAAAGUAACCACCUCCUCGAGUACAUCAUUGAUAAGGCGUGAAUAUAAACCUAGGCAUAUCUAUCCUCUGCUGGUUUGGAAAAAUUUUUAAAGAGAUUUUUAGAUAAGCAUACACCUUAUACAGCAAUCAACUUUGGAAUAGUUUUUGUAAACGCAAACUUACUCUUAACAACCUAUGUGAUACUUAAAGCUCUGAAUCUCGGUCUCGUUUCGAGAUAAACUAUCACAGAUGCCUCUUAUACGUGUGAAGCACGCAGUGGAGAUCCCCACCCACCCUCCCCCCUCCAUUAAAAAGGCAGUUAGAUCAUAUACACUUAAGCGCAACUUCAGGUCAGAGGAUGCGCUCAUGGGUUUUUAAUGUAUCACGUAAGAUUUCCUAAGGUGUCGUGGUGUGUACUGCUUCCGCUUACAACCCAGCAAAGCAAUUUAGCUAACACAUUAAGACAAAUAUAAUCUACUCCCGCGUUUCAUUGCCUUUUCUUGGCUAAUUUAUAGCAAGUUUCAACACAGCAGCUAUCAUUGAUAAUAUCGCUGAAGUGUAACUCGUGGCUGUGCCAUUUCUUUGAAGUGACGCCAUUUUGAUGACGUCAGUAAUGACCGCUUAAUGUAUUACUUCAUCAUAUCCAACAUGGCGACAUUUGGUCGUAUGAAACCACUUUCUCUAACCAAAAAAAUUUGUAGGUAGUAAAAAUAUAAUUUUUUUAAUCUGGGGCAUUUUAAGUUUCAUUAGUAGCUAUGUAAAACGUAAGGACAUAGUAUUUGACCGAUAUAGGGGAUAAUUCUUUUAUUUUUGGUUUUAUUCACCGUCAAGUAGGCUAAAAUUUUUAUUGCAAUGAAAUAGGGUUCGUACAAUGAGAACUUGGUAAAGAGAACAGCUUUUUGUAUAAAUUAUUUCCAAAUAACUUAUGUACUGUAUGUAAUACUGUUAUACAGUUAUAUCACAAAUUGGAGUGUGUCCAAAUUGAAACAAUUGCUUGCAAUUACGGAAGAAAAAAUUUUACUUUUAUACGCUACUGCGUGCUUUAAUUUAGAAGUGCCUUGUAAUAUAAUUAUCUUAAAGAGACGAUGGGGGAUUUAUUUGGUGGGUCAGUGGAAUUUCUUUUUAAAAAAAUUAAAUUUAUAAUGCUUUGUUGAUAUGUAAAUUUUUGGUUAACUCGUUUCUCAACUAAGUUAUUACAGCAUGUGGUAAAUUUAUUAAUUUUUAAUUUUUUUUUCAUAUAUCGCUAGGUUGCAUAUUUCUUUAAGAAGAAAAGAAUCAUCUGUUGAGUGUGUAAGAUAUCGGAUUUUUACACGGGCAUAAUUGUAGAACUUUCCGCGUUUUAGUUUCAUUUUUCAAUGUUUUAAUUGUAUUUUUAUCAGUGACUAUUACUGACCUGUAUUGACAAUUGAAUUUAGCAGUAAAUUACC